CCCCCCCAUGGAGAACUUCCAGAAGGUGGAGAAGAUCGGGGAGGGCACCUACGGCGUCGUGUACAAGGCCCGGAACAAGGUCACGGGGGAGGUGGUGGCGCUGAAGAAGAUCCGCCUGGACACGGAGACCGAGGGCGUCCCCAGCACGGCCAUCCGGGAGAUCUCCCUGCUGAAGGAGCUCAACCACCCCAACAUCGUCAAGCUGCUGGACGUGAUCCACACGGAGAACAAGCUCUACCUGGUCUUCGAGUUCCUGCACCAGGACCUGAAGAAGUUCAUGGACUCGUCCUCCAUCAGCGGCAUCGCCCUGCCCCUCAUCAAGAGCUACCUGUUCCAGCUGCUGCAGGGCCUGGCCUUCUGCCACGCGCACCGCGUGCUGCACCGCGACCUCAAGCCCCAGAACCUGCUCAUCAACGCCGACGGCGCCAUCAAACUGGCCGACUUCGGCCUGGCCCGCGCCUUCGGGGUGCCCGUGCGCACCUACACCCACGAGGUGGUGACCCUCUGGUACCGAGCCCCCGAGAUCCUGCUGGGCUGCAAGUACUACUCGACGGCCGUCGACAUCUGGAGCCUGGGCUGCAUCUUUGCGGAGAUGAUCACCCGGCGCGCCCUGUUCCCCGGGGACUCGGAGAUCGACCAGCUCUUCCGCAUCUUCCGCACGCUGGGGACGCCGGACGAGGCGGCCUGGCCCGGCGUCACCGCCAUGCCCGACUACAAGCCCAGCUUCCCCAAGUGGGCCCGGCAGGACUUCGGCAAAGUGGUGCCGCCGCUGGACGAGGAGGGACGGAAGCUGCUGGCGCAAAUGCUGCACUACGACCCCAACAAGCGGAUCUCGGCCAAGGCGGCGCUGGGACACCCCUUCUUCCGCGACGUCACCAGGGCCGUCCCCCACCUGCGGCUGUGA